AUGCCCGGGCGCGAGGGGCGUUGCGCGGUUGUCGCGGACGGCGACUCGGCGGCGUGCGGCAACAUGGCGAGCUGCAGCUUUUGCUCCGGCGUCCUUCCAGAUCUACUGGGACGUCGGGCAGAAGGUCGAGGGGAAGAAAGAAGGCGAGCGACGACGGCUGAGGAGGGUGAGGGAGAGGCGAAGGCAGGUGGUGAGCGGUGGAGUGUGAGCGGCGGCGGGACAGCAGCGAGUGGAAAAGUCCUUGCAUUCUCCCGUCAAAGCCAUAGUGAAGAUCUAGAGUUACCUCUGUUCGACCUCACAACCAUUGUAAAUGCAACGAAUAACUUCUCUGAUGAUAACAAACCUAGAGAGGGAGGCUUCGGAGCUGUCUACAAGGGUGUUCUGAAGAAUGGCCAAGAAAUUGCUGUGAAGAGGCUAUCAGAAAGCUCUAGGCAGGGACAGGUCGAGUUCAAGAACGAAGUCGUCUACAUCACCAAACUUCAACACCGAAACCUGGUCAAGAUUCUAGGAUGCUGCAUUGAACAAGAUGAGAUGAUGUUGAUCUAUGAGUUCUUGCCCAACCGGAGCUUGGAUUGUUUCAUUUUCGAUCAAGAGAAGGGUGUUUCACUGGAUUGGCCUAUGCGCUCACUAUCAUCAACGGCAUAGCCUCGGG